AUGGACCACCACCGCGGCGAUCGCGACCACCGCGCGAACCCAAAGUACGUGGCCCCGGUGUUGAUCACCUUCCUCUGCUUCAUGUCGGUCGGCAUCGUCCUCGCCCUCUGCCGAUGCCUCCUCGCCACCUGCAGCAGCAGCAGCGCCGCGCAGCUGAUUCCCGCGGCGGCGGUGCCUUACGAGAAGAGCCGGGGAGGCGAGGGGGAAGGGGAGGGGGAUGGCACGUGCGCGGUGUGCCUCGCGGACUUCGAGGAGGGCGAGGCCGUGCGGGUGCUCCCGGAGUGCGCGCACUGCUUCCACGUGGCGUGCAUCGACGCGUGGCUCCGCGCGCGCACCAGCUGCCCCGUGUGCCGCGCCGAGAUAGCCCCUCCGCCGCUGCGCGCCUGCCAUGUGGCCCGCGGCGAUUCGCUGCCGCACCGCAUGCCGCCUCCGGCCGCCAUCCUAUAG